GCGCGAAUAGUAUCAACAAUAACUUUAUUCAUAGCCAAAAUAUUAUGAAGACAUUACAGUCUGUACAUUAGUUUAUUUAGUAAUAUAAACACUUGUAGCUGUUCGGUCUUGAUGAUAUGAAUGUUACUGUUAUAUUAAGAUAUUUUAAAGCUUUAACUAGGUUGUGUGCAAUCUUUUGCUUGAAAGCCACAAUUGCUUUCAAGUUAGCGGUGACUGUCCGCAGUGUAAAGUUGUUAACGUUUGGCGGAGAUUUUUUUUCUAUUUUUAAUUUAUUUUUUGUUUUUGGCAAGCCGUGCUAACAUUAACCUAGUUCCCUGUAAUAAGUUAUUCUUUGUACUCUUUUCUGUCAGAGUGAAGGAGUUUUCAGUGACAGAGUCGAUCGGAGUGCAGGUGCGACAUGUCCAAAGGAGACAAGGACGGUUUCAUUGUAAAGUUUGUGGAGAGUAAAGGAUCAAAAACAGAGUAUGCUAGUAAAGCAUACGAGGCAAUAUUGGAGCUCCAGUCUGAAAAAUACUUGAAAACUAUCAAGGAGGAAGAUGUAUUACAGAUGGACCAGAAAGACAAAUCUCUGUUUGUGUUCAGCAGCUUCACCACUCCGGCCUUUCUGCACUGCAAGAAGCUUGGCUGCAGAAUAGUAAGUCCACUAGUGGUGUUGUAUUGCCUGCAGCAACAGCGCUGUGUCCCUAAAGCAGAAAAGCCUGUCUAUAACAUGGCUAUGGCUGACAUCACUAUUUCCUGCACUAGCCUUGACAAAGAAACACGGGUGGAGGUGAUGGAUCUGGUGCAACUCAUGGGUGGACGGGUCUAUCUUGAUCUUAACGUAUCUGUCACACACCUGAUUGCAGGAGAGGUGGGAAGCAAAAAAUACCUGGUGGCUGCUAGCCUUGGUAAACCCAUCCUGCUACCCUCAUGGGUUAAAACCUGCUGGGAGAAAUCACAGGAUAGUCUUUUCAGGUAUACAGAUGUGCCCAUGGAGGACUAUUUGUGCCCUGUGUUGCUUGGCUGUACUGUUUGUGUGACAGGCCUCUCCAGCACAGACCGCAAAGAAGUGCAGCGGCUCUGUGAGCAGCAUGGGGCCAACUACACUGGCCAGCUCAAAAUGAAUGAGUGCACACACCUCAUUGUUAGUGAACCAACAGGUCAGAAAUAUGAAUGUGCUCGAAAGUGGAACGUAUAUUGUGUAUCUCUACACUGGCUGUUUGACAGCAUAGAGAAGGGCUUCUGUCAAGAUGAGAGUAGGUACGCUGUGGAGUGCAAUUCAUCCAAAAGCACACGGCCGCACACUUCUACUCCUACAGGCACCAGUAAGAAGGAAGAUGGCCCAUCUUUGCUCGGCCUGAGUAAUAUUUCUGUAAAUGCUAGCGCAACAAUAAAUGACACAGCCCUUACCAACGCCACCAUCAGUCAUCUAGAGGCACCAGACCCCAUAGACAGUCUGGAUCUCACUGUAUGCCCAACUGAUGAUGUUUUGGAUGGAUGUAAGCUGUAUUUAUGUGGUCUGCCGGUUAAGACGCUAGAGAAACUGCGACGUCUUGUGAAUGGUGCAGGAGGUCUGCGUUUCAACCAGCCCAGCGAGGAGCUCACACACGUGGUCAUGGGAGAACUGGACCAGGAGCUCGCAAAAUUCCUCUCUAAAGCGAUUCACCGGCCCCACGUUGUUACUGUGAAGUGGCUGCUGGACAGUUUCUCCAAAGGCAUUCUACUCUCAGAAGCAGGAUACCUUCACCCUGACUGUCUUCCUCCUGCAUCAGCUGCUGUAUCUGUGCCAGCACAUCACACACCAAAAUCCCGACCAUCAGCUGGUCCACCUGCUGCCAGCCCCAGCACUCCCAGUCUAAAGAGAGCAGAAGAGGAUCUACUUUCACAGUACAUGGAUGAUGACCCUACAGUGGUUGAUGUGCCGCCACUAGAGAACAACAGCAGGAAGUCCAGCAGUGUAGCAGCAGAGCCUCAGCCUGAUCAAUGGGCACCCAACCACACCAGAGGACUGGAGCCAAACUCAAUCCUGCAGGAAGCCAGUCAUGCAGGCCUGUUUUCUGGGAAAUCUUUCCUUUUUGUGGGCUUUGGUGCUGAAGCAGAGGCACAGCUCUCUGCACUGGUGACAGAGCAUGAUGGCAAGGUGCUGACGGGCCGUACCCGUGUCGUGGCAGACUAUGCCGUGGUCCCUCUGUUGGGCUGCUCUGUGGAGGCCACAGUGGAUGAGGUGGUCACUGAUACCUGGCUGGCCAUGUGCGUAGAGAAGGAAUGUGUUCUGCAGCUGUCCUCCAACCCUUUGUUUACCCCUGUUCCUGUGAGGGAGAGAUGUCUUCCUCUCAAACACUGUGUUCUGUCAGUCAGCCAGUUCACUGGAGCAGAGAGGGAGUCUUUGGUGGAGCUGGCCAAGCACCUUGGAGCCAAUGUUCAGGAUUACUUUGUACGCCUGGCCAACAAGAAGAAGGACAUGCUGGCCAGCACACAUCUGGUGUUACAGAGUCCUGAAGGCACAAAAUACCAAGCAGCAAAGAAGUGGGGGCUUCCUGCUGUCACCAUGUACUGGAUACUAGAGUCUGCUAGAGCAGGCCAGAGGGCUGAGGAGGAGCGUUUUCUGGUUGACCUACCACCCUCACCAGAGAGAGAUGAGGACAGCUUUGUUGGUGGUUCCCAGAAACCGGUAAUGCCUCCACUAGCUCGUCCGUCACCAGAAACCCCUUUGCUGGGCCCACAGAGUGGAAAAGCUGUCACCCCACUGGACUUGGGUCGCUUUCAGAGCAAAGUGUUUCAAUCUGUGUUGGAUGAAAUGAAGCCCAAGGAGGACCUCAACACUCCCAAGCAAAACCAGGAGGGCAGCAGAAGGAACCCACUUCAGAAGCAGCCAUCCCUGCAGCUGGACACUCCUUCCCGUUUCCUGAGCAGAGACCAACUUUUCAGGCCUUCAUUUAAUGUCAAGGAUGCACUGGGAGCUUUGGAAACUCCAGGAGGAAGAUCCAAGCCAGAAGAGAGGGUAGAGACUCCACUUACUGAUGUCAUCAACAGGAAUCUGAAAGUGGCUCUGGCCAAUAGCUCACGCAGUAAUGUCUCAGACAUGCAAGCAGUCUCUGCGAGCCCCGAGCUUAUGAAGAUGAGAAAGGAGGUCCCACAAAAAGAUGCUGGGCCCCUGACUGGUGUUGUGAUCUGUGUUGGGAAGAAACUGAGUAAAAUGCAGAGUGAAUUAAAUGCUGUUGCUGCCUCUCUUGGAGCUGACUUCAGGUGGGCUUGUGACGACACAGUGACGCACUACAUCUACCAGGGUCGUGUGGGGGACAACACCCGUGAAUACAGAGGAGUGAAGGAGCGAGGGCUGCAUGUGGUCUCCCAGCACUGGCUGCAUGCUUGUGCUGAGGAGCAGAGGCAUGUCCCAGAGUCCUUGUAUCCUUUCACUUACAACCCCAAAAUGAGCCUAAACCUGAGCCAGGUACCCAGCAACUCACAGAGGUCGCCACCUUUAACACGAACGCAGCAAAAAGGCAUCACUGAAGCAAAGCAUGAUGACAAGUCUGAGCUCAGUGCUGCAGAUGAAGCUACAGCUCUGCGUCGUGUAAGCGAUGGAAGCACGGAUCAAGAAGAGAUGAACACUACCACAGAGAGGAGGGAUACUGUCGAAAUGAGAGAGAACCUCCAAAGACAGCUGCAGGAGAUCAUGUCAGCUACCAAAAUGACAACAGGAAGGCGCACUUCAGUCAGACUGGCCAGGAUGGGAUCAGGAGGGGCUGACUCUGGCCCCUACACACCUGAAGCGAGCCGAACAGGACGCAGUGGAAACAGACGAACUCUAGAAGCUCUGAGGGUGUACAGAGACGCAGCCAUGGACGUAAACACGGAGCCAUCUCAGAGUGAACAGAUAGUCUGGGAUGAUCCUACAGCCAGGGAGGAGAGGGCCAAGCUGGCUGAUAAUUUACAAUGGCCUGGCAGUCCCUCUCAGCACUCUGAGCCUCUUGCACCUGGACCACCGCCUACUGCAGAAACUGGACCACAGUUCAAAGACUCGAUGACUGACUCAGAGCUGGUAGAGAUGGCUGCUUGUGAUGUUAUUGACCAACAAAUGGGACAAAGGAUCAUGACGCCUCCAUCAGAGGAGAAAGAAGAUGACAUUCUCACACCUAAAGCUCCAAGUAUUGCUUUUCCACUCGCCAACCCUCCAGUAGCACCCGAGCCACAGGAGGAGAAAAAAGAAGACAAACAGCCUCCCAGAUUUCAGCUCUCUUCCCUCAGCCCUCAGGAACGCAUUGAUUACAGUCACCUCAUAGAGGAGCUGGGUGGUGUAGUCCUAGACAAACAGUCAUUUGACCCCACCUGCUCCCACAUCAUCGUUGGGAGUCCUCUACGUAACGAGAAAUACCUGGCAGCAAUGGCAGCAGGCAAAUGGAUCCUGCAUCGCUCAUACUUGGAGGCCUGUCGCUCUGUAAACUGCUUCAUUCAGGAGGAUGAGUACGAGUGGGGCAGCAGCUCUAUUUUGGAUGCAUUACCCUCCAUCACCUCCCAACAAAGGCGACUGGCAUUAGCUGCUAUGCGCUGGAGAAAAGCUCUGCAGGGGAGCUCAGACCAAGGGGGAGCCUUCAGUGGCUGGACUGUGAUGCUGAACAUAGACCAGAGCAGAGAAGCAGGAUUCAGACGGUUAUUGCAGUCAGGCGGAGCAAAGGUCCUUCCCAGUCCCUCCCCAGUCUUGUACAAAGAGGCCACACACCUAUUUGCUGACUUCAGUCGUCUAAAACCUGGAGACUUCAGAGUGGACAUAUCAGAGGCAACCUCACAUGGAGUGACAUGCUUGAAGCCAGAAUACAUUGCAGAUUAUCUCAUGCAGGAGCCAACCCCACCAAUUGAGAUGUACUACCUGACUGCAGCUUCCUCCGAAGAAGCUCCAGGCACACCGUCACGUAAACGUAAAGCAGCAGCAGACACCUCCAGACUGAAAAAGAGCCGUCUGAACUGAAACUCGUUAACACCGUCUGCGUUAUUUCAGCUCUAUGAAAAUGAUUGUAAAUAAGAUUUUUUUUUUUUGUUUCUUAUAUCAAAACCAAAUAAAUAUGGUGCCUGUCUUUUGUAACUGUGCUUUUUCUACACAAAGCACUGCAGGUGCUUCUGCCUGCACAGAGACUUGUUGUAAUGGAUGACUCAAUGAUGAUCUGCAGAAAAUGUUGAGUCAUGGUUUGGAGAUGUUUGCAGUAUGACGUUGUGGCCUGUAGAGGGCAGUGCACCAUGACUGUUUGCCUCAGACAUGAUCUCUUAGCAACAGGAUGGAAACAAAUGUCUUUAAUCUGCCUUGUUUUUUUGUUUGUUUGUUUGUUUGUUUUUUAUAGGAGACUUUAUUUAAUGUAAAGUACACUUCAAACUAAAACUAUUAAUAUGCUUCAGACUUUAAAAGCAAAAACAACAUUGUUUUCAUCAAUUAUUCCAAAUAAAAACCUUAAGAAAUGGCUGUUUAGGACAUGGUUGCUGUUAGACUGAAGUAAACACCAGAUUUAGUUUACUCUGUCAA